AUGCGAAAUAGAGCCCUAAAGAACCCGACCUUCCCCAUCCACCCUCUCGUCAUAUACCGCCCUGGACACGGCAUUCUCGAACCGAACUUGGCACAGUUUCCUCGAAACGCAAAUGAGUUUUAUGCUCUGAGGAACCCCGAGACUAAUUGGCAUCGGCUUAUGCUGACGUAUCUGGCCGAUUUCUACGACGUUCGUCUUCGAAGUGCGGGCAGCUCGUCUGACGUGGAUAGCAGCAGCGACGAUGAUAAAGAUGAAAUCAUUCUCGGCCACCCUGACCUUGUGGUGGAGAGGUUGGAGGACGUACUUGGCUUGAAUGAAGACAAGAUCAAAAAUUGCAAGGAAAGAGCGGCUCUGUUGGCAUUGCGAGCGCCCUCCCAACCCAUCAAGCGGUCGCAAAUCCGUUUCCCGAAAGCGGGGCCUUUCAUGGCUAACGACGACCGAGACUCGAGUCACGCCUCGCCGAUGCCUAUGACCAAGUCUCGCAAUUUCACGAUCCUUUUGGCCCCGAAGGUACGAAGAGCGUGUCUUCAGAAGGCCUCACUCAUCCCAGGCUUGGAAUGGAGAACACGCUCGACUCCAUCGUCACAACGAGAACGAAUACGUCUAUGUCCGGAGGAUGUCGUUGUCAUACCCAGGCUGUCAGAGCCUGAGGGGAAGUCACGAAAGUCUGCAUCUUUGGAUAGUGAACCUGACGCCACGGACGCGGAUAACCAGACACAUGCAUUUACCGAGUAA